AUGGCCACACACCCUCACAAGGCUGCGUCCGGCUCCCAUAACCACAGCCAGCAAGGAAAAAUGAUCUCAACCGCCAUCCGUCCGCUAUCAACAACAACCCCAUCCCAGUCAAUGGCCAACAGGACACCCACCGGCGCCAACUGGAAACCACCACAGAUGUCGUCCUCUAAACGCGAACGUGAUGCCGAGGAGUCGCACAAGUCCAAAAAGGCCAAGCGCAAGGGCGGCAAGGCAUGCGUCUACUGCCGGAGAAGCCAUAUGGUCUGCGAAGGCGGUCGUCCAUGCGAACGAUGCAUCAAGCGCGAUAUUGCCCACCUGUGUCGCGACGUCACGCCGCCAGCGUCCUCUGGCCCCGGUCCAUCUGGCACCGGCGCCGACGAGUUGUCCACCCCCAUCAAGGCUGAGCCACUACCACUGCCUCAGCAGCACAUGCCGCACAUGAGCCAGCCGCAGCCGCAGCCGCAGCCGCUCAUGUACGACGCGGCUUCGUCGUGGCCUCUCCUUCCCGACGCGAACCCCGGUUCAGAGCUUGAUUUGAGCGCGGCCGUCACGGGCGGCGGGUGGGGAGGCGCCGAGAAUGCCGAGUUUGGGAUUCUCAGCGACAUGCUCAAGACGCUGCGCGUCCCUACACUCCCAGGCGGCUUUGUCGACGUCCUCUCCCAGGUGGUGCGUAACACCAACGGCGCACCGGCUACGACGGAACCGACAGCGACCACUACCAACAACAACAAUGUUACGGCUGUGCCGCCCCCACUCCCUGCUCAGGAGCUGAACGCCGUGGCCGGCCCCAUGCCCACAGACCCGAACGGCAUUACCGACAAGGGCAAGGGCAAGAGCAAGGCCGAGCCCUUCUCGACCGUUUCGCGUAUCGAGCAGUACCUCCUCGCGGCGGCCGACCAACCAGACGGCUCGCGUGCGUCACGUCUGACCCAGGUCAUCCGCGCAAAGUACGAGGCUGGCCUGCUCAAGCCCUACGACUACAUCAAGGGCUACGAGCGCAUGAACCGGUGGAUGGACUCUGGCCGCGCUGCACGACUGGAGCAAAACUCGCGCGCAACCUCGCCAACAAAGGGCGGCAAGCGCAUCGUUCUCCCUCCCCCUCCACCAAGUGGUAGCUCCAUCUCGCCCGAGUCGCGCCGUCGUAUCCUGGCCGCUCUCGAGGUGUUCCGUCCCCGGUUCAGGCGCAUUGCCAAGGAACUCACCGACUUGGACCUGGUCUUUGUCGAGGAGGCAAACGAGCGUCUUAUGCUUCAGUACGACCGCGCUCUCGCUUCCAUCCACACUCCCUCCUGCAUCUUCCGCCGCACAGGCGAGAUCCAGAAGGCCAACCAGGAGUUUGCAAUGCUCACAGGUAUCCCCGCGCCGUUGUUCCGCAAUGGGCAGCUCUGUGUCUACGAGCUCAUGGACGAGGACAGCGCCGUGCGCUUCUGGGAAGGUUACGGCAAGGUCGCUUUUGAGAAGGGCCAGAGUCACAUGUACACGCACUGCACGCUCAAGAUCCCUCUGUCGCUCACGCGCGCACAGCCAGCGCGCACCCAUAACAACACGCCAGCACACGCCCCCACCCUAGCGCUGUCGACUGUCCCCGACUUGUCUCUCCCGCAGGCCAUGACUAUGGUCCACACGCCCGCGAGUGUGCCGCAGGGUACGAUUGAGGAAGAGUUCCGCGUGAUCAAGACGUGCUUUAGCAUUACGAUUCGACGUGACCGGUACGACAUUCCUGUGGCCAUCAUGGGCCAGUGGAUCCCGAUCAAGCCGGCAUGA